AUGAAUGCCUCCUCAGAUCCGGGCUUUGAUUUUUCGCCUGACUUGCCAGUGGCCGUUUCACUGGUCGGAGGCAGAUACCUCCUUUUCGACGUCAAAGUAGUGACUUGGCUUCGCCGAGAGCAUCGAAUAUGUGGCACCGCCCUCGGCACCCUUCCCAUAGCUCCAUCUCAGAAUGUGUUUCUUGGUGUGCCUAUCGAGAUCAUGCCAGAGGAGGCCCAGCUACUUGUCGAACGAAACGUAGCAGUUAUUGUGGACGACGCUCGAGCGCAUGCCCAAGCUGUGCGGUCGAGGGAUAAAGCUCGAAGGGCUGAUUACCUCGCACGGAUAGAGAAGCAAUCUAAUCACGUUAAGCAAGCUAAGGACCAGGAGAAGAUGGAGUCCAAGAGGCGUGGUCUUGAGAAACAAGCUAAGAAAUCGGCUCAUGCGUCGCGGUCUACCCAAGCAGCACCAGUAUAUGACCUGCUUGACUUUGACGAAGCUGUCGCACCGGAGGGCGGCCCGGAAGAGGUCCAAGCAGCAGCGGACGAAGAAGCGGUCGUUCAAGAUGUGUCUCCCGUCAAAGUGUUGCCUCUCACCGCGACGUCAAACGUCUAUCGAGUCACUCCUGCAACCUCCCGAUUACUACUCCCUCCCCCUCUGUCCACGCCUACAUCGACGAUCGACAAUCUUCCUCGAAGCUACCCUCUCUACAGACAUCUCCAUGACAAGGGCUUCUUCAUGACGCCCGGCCUUCGUUUCGGGUGUCAAUACACCGUUUAUCCGGGCGACCCCCUCCGCUUUCACUCUCAUUUCCUUGCCAUCGGCACGGAAUGGGAUGAAGAGGUCGAUCUCAUGGAUAUCGUCGGCGGCGGUAGGCUGGGUACCGGCGUAAAGAAAGGGUUCUUGCUAGGUGGUGCCAACCCAGCAGGGGACGGUGUCAGGACUUUUAGCGUCGAAUGGGCGGCCAUGUAA